AUGAAAGGUGUUGGAAGCUGGUCGAUGGACGGCAUUAACGGUGGAACCCUCUUAGGCGCCAGAGGAUCUGGUUUCAUUAUGUUCUGGGAUUGGGAGUCUGGUGAGAUCGUGCGGAGAAUAGACGUCGAGGCGCAGAAUAUCUAUUGGUCGGGAACGGGCUCGUUAGUGGCUAUUACCGCCGCCGACUCGUUCUAUAUCUUGCGGUUCGACCGUGACGCGUAUAAUGCGAAAAUUGAGGAAGGAGCAGAAAUAUCGGAUGAGGGCGUUGAAGAGGCUUUUGAAGUUGUUGCUGAUGUACAAGAAGGGUCUUUACUGAUAUCAUACUCGCAGAGUACGGACAGCAAAAUGGGUUGGCGAUUGUUUCAUCUACACAACAUCUUCCAAGCGACUGUGCCUACUUUGUGGGCAGCGAGUCAUAUACUAUCAGUCCAUUUGACACGCCUCUAUACCUCCUUGGCUACAUACCCGCCCACCCCCCGCGUCUACCUCGGCCGACAAGGAUGUCAACAUCUAGGCUACUCUCUAUCGCUCAGUGUCGUCGAAUACCAAACCGCCGUCCUCCGCGGCGACAUGGCGGGCCGCAGAACGAAAUUCUGCCAACACUCCCUAAGGAGCAGCUGGAACAAGGUCGCCCGGUUCCUUGGAAGGCCGAGACACACCCGCAUAGACCUCAAGGAACUCGCGUUGAAAGUAACGACUGAUCCAGAUCACAAAUUCGACUUGUCCCUACAACUUGAUGACUUAGACACGGCCGUAGAGAUCGCCCGCUCAAUACCGGAGUUGGAAGCCGAAGCGAAAUGGAAGUCGUUGGGUGACCGUGCACUCACUCACGGGAAAGCUUCGAGGAAAGCAAAUGAUUUGAGCGCUCUCAUGCUUCUUCUGCUCGCAAUUGGUGAUCGGGAUGGCCUGAAAGCCCUCUCGUCGAAAGCUGGUAAAGCCAAGCCAUCUUAUCAAGCUGAGAAAGGCUUGAACAACUUGGCUUUUGCGUCGAUGUUCCAGCUUGGAGAUGCCAAGUCUUGCGUGGACCUCCUGGUAAAGACACAACGAGCACCAGAGGCAGCUUUGUUUGCUAGGACGUAUGCGCCAAGCCAAGUACCCAAAGCCGUCGAUGCGUGGCAAGCGGAUCUCAAAGCCAAGAACCGACCCAAGAUCGCGGCGUCCGUUGCGCAUCCUUCGGCGAAUGCGGAUUUGUUCGAGGAGGGAUGGGCGGAUGCUUUGGCGAAGGAAUCAGGAAGUCAAAAUGCUGUUUUGGUAGAUGCGACAUGA